UUUAUUGUUUACGCAAGUAAAAUGAUAUUGUAAAAACCAACCCAAACAAUAACCCCUUGUGAUUUGUGAACUAUUGAAUACCCAUCAAUCUCUGCAACCAAAUAGUUUUGUUUUUGGGUUUUUCUCUGAUCAAAUUCCAAGAUAGAAAAAAUGACAAUAGAAUACCCAGAUAAACUCAAGAAUUUCUUCAACGAAUUAGAAACAAAAAGAACCCUAAUCACCAUUAUCACCGAAACCCACAACAAAUUAAUCAACAAUUUCAUAUCUUUAGAUGAAACCCUAACAAAAAGAUCACAAAUUUUAGAUACCCAGAUGGAUAUUUUCAAGAAAACCACUCAAAAAACCAUAGAUUCAAUAAAAUCCCGUGAAAAUAGCCUCAGUGAUAGAGAAUCUAACAUGGUUUACAAUGUACGGCACUUGAAAGAUUCUGCAAUGAGGGAUAUUGUAUCAGCCGAUGACGACGAUGAUACGAAGGAUAGGACAACGUUGGGGGUGUUGAAAAUGUUGUUUAGGAGGAUGGAUGCCAAGAAUUUGGUUAAGUUUUUGUUGGAAAAGAGGAAAGAAGGCGCGUUUAGGGACGAAUUGGUUGCGGCGAUGGGGGAGGCUGUUGAUUUGUUUGCGUUGGUUUUGGAGGCGGUCGAGGAGUUUGUUGAGUUGAAAGUGAGUGGGAGAAAGGUUACUGGGAUGGCGGAUAGGCGGUGGGUGUAUGGGGUAUUAGUACAAGCUGCAUUGCCGUUGCCGGAUGAGAUUAGUAGUGUUGGUGGUGGUGGUGGGGUUGGGAGGAGUUUGAAGGACCGGGCAAUGGCGGUUUUGGAGAUAUGGAAAGGGGUUUUGGGUAGUGGCGAUGGUGGUGGUGGUGCGGUCGGUUCGGUUGAGGGAGCAAUGUUUUUGCAAAUGGUGGUUGGGUUUGGAUUGAAAGAGAAAUUCGAUGAAGGGUUUUUGAAGGGAUUGGUUUUGGAGUUUGCGAGUAGGAGGGAGAUGCCAAAGCUUGCGGUCGCUUUAGGAUUUCAAGACAAAAUGAAUGAAAUAGUUGAAGAGUUGGUAAAGACGGGCAAGGGAAUCGAGGCAGCCUAUUUUGCUUGCGAGGCUGGGUUGACAGAGCAGUUUCCUCCAGUUCCACUACUCAAAUCCACUCUUAGGAAACAUCGGGAAAAGACUGCUAAGCUUUCAUCAACAUUGGAGGAUGCCUUAACCGAAGUGAAUGUCAUUAAAACAGUCUUAAAGUGCAUCGAAGACCACAAGCUUGAAUCCCACUUUACCAUUGACAACUUAGAGAAACGUCUAGCUGAGUUGGAUAGGGUCAAACAAAAAAAGAAGACGAAUUUUUCAGCUUCCACAAGUGGUGAUCGCUUGGGCAAGCGGUCCCGCAGCGAAUGGGGUGGUCGUAGUUCUCGGCCACCCAAAGCUAUAAGGUUAGCACUUGCUGCCCAGCAAAAAAAACUCCAGGUGCCGCCCUCUACCACUCGAUAUUCUGCACCAUAUAACUAUGCAAACCCCUAUGAGAGCAAUCCUGUUGCUCCCUCGUAUGGUGGUCAGAGUCCUGGCCGAUACGGGCUUCAGCACUCCUACCUUUCUCAAGUGCCAACAUCGUUGGCGUCUACAUAUCAACACUAGUAUGCAACUAGAGCAGAAAAGAUUGUUGAACUUUCUGUUUAUUGUAGUCUUGAUUUCUAGCAUCUUUUUAAAUCGAUCAAAGGCUGCCCUUUCUAUAUUUUGCCUAUCUCAAUAACAAUAGCUAUUUACUACUUUGUAUAAGUAAGCUAUUUAAAAGUAUGGUUUUGGCUUCA